AUUUCUUUCGACCUAGCAGAAUAUACUGCUGACGUUGAUGGAGUUGGCACUUUACGGCUCCUAGAUGCUAUUAAGACCUGUGGCCUUAUCAACUCUGUGAAGUUCUACCAAGCCUCCACCAGUGAACUUUUUGGAAAAGUGCAAGAAAUCCCACAAAAGGAGACCACCCCUUUUUACCCAAGAUCGCCUUACGGGGCAGCAAAGCUGUAUGCCUACUGGAUUGUGGUGAACUUCAGAGAAGCCUACAAUCUCUUUGCUGUGAAUGGCAUCCUCUUCAAUCAUGAAAGCCCCAGGAGAGGGGCUAACUUCGUUACUCGAAAGAUCAGCCGAUCGGUAGCAAAGAUUCACCUCGGGCAGCUGGAUUGUUUCAGCCUGGGCAAUCUGGAUGCUAAGAGAGACUGGGGCCAUGCCAGGGACUACGUUGAGGCCAUGUGGCUGAUGUUGCAAACGGAUGAGCCCGAGGACUUUGUCAUAGCCACUGGGGAGGUCCAUAGCGUCCGUGAAUUUGUGGAGAAGUCAUUUAAACACAUUGGGAAGACCAUCGUGUGGGAAGGGAAGAAUGAAAAUGAAGUAGGACGAUGCAAAGAGACUGGCAAGAUUCAUGUGACCGUCAAUCACAAGUACUACAGACCAACUGAAGUGGAUUUUCUGCAAGGAGACUGCACCAAAGCCAGACAAAAGCUGAACUGGAAGCCAAGAGUCACGUUUGAUCUGGUGAGGGAGAUGGUGGACGCUGACGUGGAGCUCAUGAGGAACAACCCCAAUGCUUGA